AUGUCAACAUAUCUAUCUAUCUAUCUAUCUAUCUAUCUAUCUAUCUAUUUCAAGGUGUCUGUGUUUGUGUUUGUGACCCCGCGGUGUUUCUGUAUCGUUUUAUUUAAAUUUGUCUAUCUCUCUUUGUACGUACAUAUCUAUCUAUCUAUCUAUCUAUCUAUCUAUCUAUCUAUCUAUCUAUCUAUCUAUCUAUCUAUCUAUCUCAUUCGUUUUAUUUGUAUUGAAACUUCAACUUAUUUAUCACUUUCUUUUCUUCGGCUCUCUCUCUCUCUCUCUCUCUCUCUCUCUCUCUCUCUCUCUCUUCAAUUGAUCGAAGUUCUUUUUUUUUCUUCAUUUUUUAUUCUCUCCAUCUUCCCUCGCGCCUUUAAUUCCAUCUCUUCUUCGUUCCCUUCCCCAUCUCUCUUUCUCUCUCUCUCUCUCUCUCUCUCGCUCAUCAUUAAAACAAGCUAUCCCAGACAGAUCUAUCUAUCUAUCUAUCUAUCUAUCUAUCUAUCUAUCUAUCUAUCUAUCUAUCUACACACGCGCACACUUAUAUUUCACGUGUCCGAUUUCCUAUCUCUUUCAUUGACUUUCUCCUUUUGUUCAUAUCUAUCUAUCUAUCUAUCUAUCUAUCUAUCUAUCUGUCUCAUUCUUUAUAUUUAUAUCAUUUUUGUGCGUGUGUAUGUGACAUUUUUCCUUAUUUCCCUCUUUUUCAUAUCUAUCUAUCUAUCUAUCUAUCUAUCUAUCUAUCUCAUUCCGUUUAUUCAUAUUUAUCUCUCUUCUUAUAACGCAGCCUACGAGAAUGCUCUAUGCCUAUCGACAGGUGUUCAGUAUCUAUCUAUCUAUCUAUCUAUCUAUCUAUCUAUCUAUCUAUCUAUCUAUCUGUUAUGUCCACCAAAUGACACGCAUUCUUUUUUACACUCUCUGCAAGUCGACAUACCGCAUAACGUUUCUUACGUUUAUUUAUUUGUAUUUUGCAUUUGCUUACACUGUCCUUCCCAGACCUUGGGAAAGGAAUUACAGAGAAUUACCAGAGAUUACCAGGAAUUACUAAUUCUAUCUGCUUUUUUGUUCUUCUUUCUUUUCUUUCCUUUAGUGCAAUUCAUUUUAUUAUUUACUAUAAUCCACCUCUUUCUUUUUUCUUCAUUUUUGCAUGUAACAGUAAAUCUAUCUAUCUAUCUAUCUAUUUAUCUAUCUAUCUAUCUAUCUAUCUAUCUAUCUAUCUAUCUAUCUAUCUAUAUCUCCACCGCAACACCAAACUCUAUAUCUAUCUAUCUAUCUAUCUAUCUAUCUAUCUAUCUAUCUAUCUAUCUAUGUUUAUUUUCAUUGAGCACUUUAUCUAUGUCUGUUAAUUUCCAUGGACCAAUUCACACCCAUUAUUGCCGGUAA